AUGGGUUUGCUUGGCUGUCUUGUUGUUCAUGUGCUUCAAAUGCAGAGUGUUCAUGUUCAAGCUGGGCCAAAACCUCCACUCUUGCGGUAUUUUGGCACACUACUUAGUCGAGGGAAGCUCAGUGCUUCUGAAUCUCUUGAAUUAUCUCUCCUUAUUGUCGAUCAGAACAAAAAGAACCUUUUGGAAAAUUGGUUUCCAGAAGACAAGUUUGGUUGCAGCAAAGAAUUUGGAGAUAUUGUCAAGAUGGUAGACAAUGAUCUUGCACUGAAAACAUACAUAAAGGCUAGGGCAACCCCUAAAGUUGUUGAUGCAUUUGCUGAGAGGAGUUUGACAAUAUUCAUAUAUACUCAAAGCAGGUAUGCACUCCUGGCCACCUCUUCCUCCUCCAGACCAUCUUAG